AUGGCUGGACGACUCAUAAAGAGAUUUGUAAGUUUAAAAACCCCUUUAUAUGACAUGCAUUUACUUAAAGAAGCGAGGUUUGAAACAAAAAACGACUAUUGAAUGCCAAGAUUCUAUAACAGCACCCAAAUAGAUGACGAAUAUUUAUCAUGUGUGAAUAAUUCAGUCAUAUAUGAUCAAGGAGCUAUGGGGCAAGUUGUUAUCUCUGGAAAAGAUAGAUUAGAGUUUAUUAACCAUAUAUCAGUUUCAGAUUUUAGCUCUUUGUAUCCAGGCUGCCCAUCGCAUUCUUUACUGUUAAAUGAUAAUGGACACAUUCUUGAUAGAAUUAUUAUAGCUCAGAACGAUGACUCAUCUCGCAUUAUUUCUUUUAAUAAAAACACAGAAAAGUAUAUAUAUAAAUGCAGAGAAGAUUUUAUCAAGAAAGGCAAAAAUGUGGAGGUAGAAACUCUAGCUGAGAGUCUUAUAAGUAUACAAGGCCCCAAAUCAAAAACUUUCUUAGGCUCAGCACUAAGGCAUAUUAGGCCGUACUCAUUUAGCUCAAAACACUGUUUCUUAACUGCAUUUAAAGCUUUUAAUAAUGAAUGAGCGUUUAUUACAUGGCUUGAUUUUAGUAGACAUAGCGGGUUUUUGAUAUCAAUGAAAACAGAAAAAAUACCAAUGCUAGUUGAUUUUUUGCAAAUAAUAAGCAAAAAACAAGCUCAGAUAGCUAGCUUGGAAACUCAAAGGAUUAUGAGAAUUGAAGCAGGAUUUUGGAAUGAAGAGGAGUUGAUUGUGCCGAUAAAUCCAAUAGAAGUUAACUGAAAACUUACUGAAGAAAAGCUAAAAUCUACUAGUUGGAUUGGUGCAGAGGCUGUUAAACAGCUGCUAUUAAAGGAAAACCAUGAUAAGCUGGUAAAAUUCGAAAUUAAUGGUAGUCAUCAUGGUCUGCAUGGAUCUAAUAUUUUUGACGGCUUUAAAAGACAGGCUGGAACAAUUCUGUCAAUCGUUUAUCACCCAAUACAGAAAAAAACAAUUGGAUUUUGCAUAAUCAAGCAGAAAUACAUAACAGAGCCGAAGAAAUUAUACAUUGUUGGCGAAGUCCCACUUAAUAUUAUAAUGUAG